AUGGAGGACAAAAUAUCUGAGUUUUUAAAUGUUCCAUUCGAAUCACUUCAAGGUGUUACCUAUCCUGUCUUAAGAAAGUUAUACAAGAAAAUAGCCAAGUUUGAACGUUCUGAAGAGGAAGUGACAAAACUCAAUGUUUUGGUCGAUGAGAUCAAAUCGCAGUACUAUUCAAGGAUUUCAAAACUUAAGCAGCUACUAGAUGAAUCUUCUGAGCAGAAGAACACAGCUAAAGAAGAAUUGAAUGGCUUGAAAGAUCAGCUGAAUGAAGAACGUUCCAGAUAUAGGCGGGAAAUAGAUGCACUAAAAAAACAAUUGCAUGUGAGCCAUGAAGCUAUGAGAGAAGUAAAUGACGAAAAACGAGUUAAAGAAGAAUAUGACAUUUGGCAGAGUAGAGAUCAGGGGAAUGAUUCUUUAAAUGAUGAUUUGAACAAAGAAAAUAAGCUUCUUCGAAGAAAGCUGAUGGAAAUGGAAAAUAUACUACAAAGGUGCAAGUCCAAUGCUAUAUCAUUACAGUUAAAGUACGAUACCUCAGUACAGGAAAAAGAAUUAAUGUUACAAAGUAAAAAAUUAAUUGAAGAAAAAUUAUCAUCUUUUAGCAAAAAAACGCUAACAGAAGAAGUCACAAAAUCAUCGCACGUAGAGAACCUCGAAGAAAAACUAUACCAAAUGCAAUCCAACUAUGAAUCUGUCUUUACGUACAAUAAGUUUUUACUAAAUCAAAAUAAACAAUUAUCCCAGUCGGUGGAAGAGAAAGUACUGGAAAUGAAAAAUUUGAAAGAUACCGCAAGUGUGGAAAAAGCAGAAUUCUCCAAAGAAAUGACUUUACAAAAAAAUAUGAACGAUUUGCUACGCUCACAACUAACAUCAUUGGAAAAAGAUUGUUCCUUGAGAGCAAUAGAGAAAAAUGAUGAUAAUUCCUGCAGGAACCCUGAACAUACUGAUGUGAUAGACGAACUUAUAGACACAAAAUUAAGACUCGAAAAAUCAAAAAAUGAGUGUCAAAGGUUACAGAAUAUAGUUAUGGAUUGUACCAAGGAAGAAGAAGCUACAAUGACUACGAGUGCAGUUUCUCCCACAGUAGGUAAACUAUUUUCUGAUAUCAAAGUGCUGAAAAGACAAUUGAUAAAGGAAAGGAAUCAGAAAUUUCAAUUACAGAAUCAACUGGAGGAUUUUAUACUAGAAUUAGAGCAUAAAACCCCUGAACUGAUCUCUUUUAAGGAAAGAACAAAAUCAUUGGAACAUGAACUAAAACGUUCCACAGAACUACUAGAAACUGUUUCUUUGACUAAGCGUAAGCAAGAAAGAGAAAUAACUUCACUGAGACAGAAGAUAAAUGGCUGUGAAGCAAAUAUUCAUUCUCUGGUGAAACAACGUUUGGAUUUGGCCCGUCAAGUUAAACUACUUCUUUUAAAUACAUCUGCGAUACAGGAAACGGCAUCGCCGUUAUCGCAAGAUGAACUGAUAUCAUUAAGAAAAAUACUGGAGUCGAGCAAUAUCGUAAAUGAAAAUGAUUCCCAAGCCAUCAUUACGGAAAGACUGGUUGAAUUCAGUAAUGUGAAUGAGCUACAAGAAAAAAAUGUUGAACUCUUGAAUUGCAUUCGGAUUUUGGCUGAUAAAUUAGAAAAUUAUGAAGGAAAACAAGACAAGACCUUACAAAAGGUAGAAAACCAGACCAUUAAAGAAGCAAAAGAUGCAAUAAUUGAACUGGAGAACAUCAAUGCGAAGAUGGAAACCCGGAUAAAUAUCCUAUUAAGAGAGCGGGAUUCUUACAAAUUGCUGGCAUCAACUGAAGAAAACAAGGCCAACACAAAUUCUGUCACUUCUAUGGAAGCAGCCCGUGAAAAGAAGAUUAGAGAACUUGAGGCAGAACUUUCAUCUACAAAAGUCGAAAACUCUGCUAUUAUUCAGAAUUUAAGAAAAGAGUUGUUAAUUUAUAAGAAAUCACAAUGCAAAAAAAAAACAACUUUAGAGGAUUUUGAAAAUUUCAAGGGUUUGGCAAAGGAAAAAGAACGUAUGUUAGAGGAAGCAAUAGACCACCUAAAAGCUGAACUCGAGAAACAAAAAUCAUGGGUUCCAUCAUACAUACAUGUUGAGAAAGAAAGAGCCUCAACUGAACUGUCACAGUCUAGGAUCAAAAUCAAAUCUUUGGAGUACGAGAUUUCCAAACUGAAAAAGGAAACUGCCAGCUUUAUACCCACGAAAGAAUCUUUAACUAGAGAUUUCGAACAAUGCUGCAAAGAAAAAAAAGAAUUGCAGAUGAGACUAAAGGAGUCUGAAAUCAGUCAUAAUGAAAAUAAAAUGGAUUUUAGCUCGAAAGAGGGCCAAUACAAAGCCAAAAUCAAAGAAUUGGAAAACAAUUUGGAAAGAUUACGUUCCGACUUACAAUCAAAGAUACAAGAAAUAGAAUCGAUACGCUCAUGCAAGGAUUCGCAACUCAAAUGGGCUCAAAAUACCAUCGAUGAUACAGAAAUGAAAAUGAAGUCCUUACUAACUGAAUUAUCAAAUAAGGAAACAACGAUUGAAAAACUUUCAUCAGAAAUAGAGAACCUGGAUAAGGAACUAAGAAAAACCAAAUUCCAAUAUAAAUUCUUGGAUCAAAAUAGUGAUGCAAGCACGUUAGAACCGACUUUGAGAAAAGAAUUAGAGCAAAUCCAAGUUCAAUUGAAGGAUGCAAACUCACAGAUACAGGCUUAUGAAGAAAUUAUAUCAUCGAAUGAAAAUGCGCUAAUAGAAUUGAAAAAUGAACUAGCAAAAACCAAAGAAAAUUACGAUGCUAAGAUUGAACUAGAGAAGAAGGAAAAAUGGGCGAGGGAAGAAGAUCUAUCUCGUUUACGCGGAGAGCUCGGUGAAAUAAGAGCUUUGCAACCGAAACUAAAAGAAGGUGCAUUGCAUUUCGUUCAACAAUCAGAAAAGUUGAGGAAUGAGGUAGAAAGGAUCCAAAAAAUGAUAGAAAAAAUUGAAAAAAUGAGUACGAUUGUCCAACUGUGCAAAAAAAAAGAAAUGUCCCAAUAUCAGUCCACAAUGAAGGAAAAUAAAGAUCUAUCUGAAUUGGUUAUCCGCCUUGAAAAGGAUGCGGCUGAUUGCCAAGCAGAAUUAACAAAAACCAAAUCCUCAUUGUAUAGCGCUCAGGAUUUACUCGAUAAACAUGAAAGGAAAUGGAUGGAGGAAAAGGCUGAUUAUGAAAGAGAAUUGAUAUCUAAUAUUGAACAGACGGAAUCCUUGCGUGUUGAAAAUUCGGUAUUGAUUGAAAAGGUUGAUGACACAGCAGCAAAUAAUGGCGAUAAAGAUCAUUUGAAGCUAGUUUCUUUGUUUUCAAACUUACGUCAUGAAAGAAAUUCUUUAGAGACGAAGUUAACCACCUGUAAGAGAGAAUUGGCAUUCGUUAAACAAAAGAACGAUAGUUUAGAAAAAACGAUAAAUGACCUGCAACGAACCCAGACUUUAUCGGAGAAGGAAUACCAAUGCUCUGCAGUUAUUAUUGACGAAUUCAAGGAUAUCACGAAAGAAGUUACUCAAGUUAACAUUUUAAAAGAGAAUAAUGCCAUCUUACAAAAGAGUCUCAAAAACGUAACCGAAAAAAACAGGGAAAUUUAUAAACAAUUAAAUGAUAGGCAAGAAGAAAUUUCUCGAUUACAGCGUGAUCUCAUACAAACAAAAGAACAAGUUUCGAUAAAUUCUAACAAAAUUUUAGUAUAUGAAAGUGAAAUGGAGCAAUGUAAACAGAGGUACCAGGACUUAUCUCAACAACAAAAAGAUGCCCAAAAAAAAGACAUUGAAAAGCUAACUAAUGAGAUUAGUGAUUUGAAGGGAAAACUUUCAAGCGCUGAGAACGCAAACGCUGACUUGGAAAAUAAAUUCAAUAGGCUAAAGAAGCAGGCUCAUGAAAAAUUGGACGCAUCUAAGAAACAACAAGCUGCUUUAACUAACGAACUCAACGAAUUAAAAGCAAUUAAAGACAAAUUAGAACAAGAUCUACACUUUGAAAACGCUAAAGUUAUUGAUCUAGAUACGAAGCUCAAAGCACAUGAACUCCAAUCAGAAGACGUCUCGAGAGAUCACGAAAAGGACACUUAUCGGACAUUAAUGGAGGAAAUUGAAUCACUCAAAAAGGAGUUACAAAUUUUCAAAACUGCGAAUAGCUCAUCUGAUGCAUUUGAGAAAUUGAAAGUUAACAUGGAGAAAGAAAAGGACAGAAUUAUUGACGAAAGAACGAAGGAAUUUGAAAAAAAAUUACAAGAGACCUUAAAUAAGAGUACAAGCUCAGAAGCAGAAUACAGUAAAGAUAUCGAAACAUUGAAAAAGGAAUGGCUAAAGGAAUAUGAAGAUGAAACGUUAAGGAGAAUUAAGGAAGCAGAAGAGAAUUUAAAGAAAAGAAUAAGGUUACCAAGCGAGGAAAGGAUACAAAAGAUCAUUAGUAAGCGUAAAGAAGAAUUAGAAGAAGAAUUUCGAAAGAAAUUGAAAGAAAACGCGGGAAGCUUAACGUUUCUUGAUAACAAAGGUAGCGGGGAAGAUGCCGAAGAAGAAUUAUGGAACAGUCCAUCGAAGGGGAAUUCUGAGAGGCCGUCGGCUGUCGCUGGCUUUAUAAAUCAAAAAAACCUUAAACCUCAAGAACAAUUGAAGAAUGUGAAGAAUGACGUUUCCUUCAAUGACAGCCAGUCAAUGGUUACAAAUAAAGAAAAUAAUAUCGUGGAUAGUAGCGCUGCUGGUAACAAGGCCAUUCCAACCUUUAGUUUUGGUAAGCCAUUCUUCUCCUCUAAUACAUCAUCUCUUCAAAGUUUUCAGAACCCAUUCACAGCAUCCCAAUCUAAUAUCAAUACGAAUGCCCCCCUACGUACACUCAAUAUUCAACCUGAAGUUGCAGUCAAAGCGGCGAUUAACUUUUCCAACGUAACCGAUCUAACUAACAAUAGCACCGAUGGAGCAAAAAUAACAGAAAUUGGAAGUACAUCUAAACGGCCAAUUGAGAGCGGUACAUCUUCUGAUCCAGACACCAAAAAGGUUAAAGAGAGUCCAGCAAAUGAUCAAGCUUCCAACGAGUGA